AUGGCCAAGUGGGAGCUGAUUGAACUGAAGGAUUUAACCCCCAAUGAUGGGAUUGAAUUGGCAGCCCCCGGUGGACCCGCCGCAGUACCGCAGGCGUGGGUGGAGAAGGGUCCAGAGCGACUCCAGCAGUCCUUUGCGGUGCGACUGGUGGGUGAUUCUGUGAGUUUGGAGGACGUGCGGUGGGUCACUGGGAGACGAGGAGAGGGACACGACUUCCAGCCGUGCAGCUACACCCAGCUGACCUGGUGUGACCUGUGUGGAGAGUUCAUCUGGGGACUGUACAAACAGAGCCUGCGCUGCACCAACUGCAGGUACACCUGUCAUCUCCGCUGUCAGCCGUUUAUCCAGCUAGACUGCAGUUCACACCCUGAAGCUGCAGCUGGACAGCCGGACUACUGCGAGGACAUUGAGACGGACACUAACAUAGAUGAUCCAGUUGACUGGAGGAAGCAGGAGCUCUCCGUCAGUGAGAUCCAGCAGAAGGUUAAAGAAUACAACGCUCAGAUCAACAGUAACCUCUACAUGAUCCUGAAUCGUGACGGGUCCUACACUGGUUUCAUUAAGGUCCAGUUUAAGCUCUCCCGGCCUGUGUCUCUGCCGCCUCCCCGGAGCCCCUCACCUUCACCCUCUCCCUCGGGGCCGCAGGGGGCGGGGCUUACCCGCAGGACGUCCUUCUACCUCCCCCGAGAUGCGGCGAAGCACCUGCACGUCAGCUCACAGACCCGCGCCAGAGAGGUCAUCACCGCGCUGCUCAACAAGUUCACCGUGGUGGACAAUCCGGCCAAAUUCGCUCUGUUUGAGCGCAGCGAGCGCCACAGCCAGGUGUAUCUGAGGAAGCUGUGUGAUGAAGAGCGCCCUCUGCAGCUGCGUCUAUGUGCCGGCCCCAGUGAGAAAGCUCUGAGCUUCGUGCUGAAAGAGAACGAGACAGGAGAGGUCAAUUGGGAGGCGUUCAGUCUGCCUGAGCUGAGGAACUUCCUGCGGAUCCUGCAGAGGGAGGAGGAGGAUCAUGUCCGGCAGAUCGUCCAGCGCUACUCGCUGGCCCGAGACAAGAUAAAGGAGGCGCAGCGAAAUUUCAGCACCCCUGGAUGAAGAUGAGGGAGCAGAGUAGAUUAAACUGGACGCUACCUCACUGCUGGACGAAGUGUAGCUGAAGUGCUAAUGUUCAAGUCAUCGUGCCUGAAAUCCAAAGAGCUGCUGGAGGUGCACGGGUGUGUAGAUCGGCCCCUUCUGGGGAAAACACAGAGCCAGCAGAACAGGCUAGAACAGUCUAGAACAGUAAGAGGGAACCAGAGCAUGUGGGUGGAAUGGAGCGGCUGACACUACACUUGCGCUCUGUAUGAUCCAUUCUGAUGAUAUGUAUUUGUCUUGAAUGUACAGACAAGACCUUACACACUUAAUUUCAUUAAUUCUGUAAUUUAUGGCCAUUAUUAAAAAAAAUAGUUAAA